CUAGCUCAGUGUGUUUGUGUGACAAAAGAGGCCGAAGAACUGCUGUUGUUUGGCAAUUCUUGUUUUCUUUUUCCUUCGGGUCGGAGUUCCUUCGUCUGCCGGAACAUUAUUGGGCUCACCAGAGUGAUCGACACAACUUUAAUUCAUUCGCGAUCUGCUCGCCGUACUGCUACCACCGAAAAAAUGUGCUCUAAAAAUUUUAUGUGAAUUCUUCCCAAAUUCACGAACAUCAGAAUAAUACAGUGACCAAGUUCAUUUUUAUCAAAGUUUUAAGUGUGAAGUCUUCAAAAAAAAAAUUAAAGCUUGAGAAAAUGGAUCUAAGAUGUGAUGAAGUCGUUGGAGGGCGAAUUGAUUCAAAUUUUGCGGGAAUUGAUCCCACCAUGAGCCGUGAUCCACGAGUUAUUGAGAAUCUCAUUCAGUUGGAGGGUGCAACAAUUCCCCGGAUGGAUUACUUCAAAUCCUUGCAGACAGAUCUUAAGCCGUUCAUGCGAAAAUUUGUGGCUAUUUGGAUGCUGGAGCUUUGCGAUGAACAACAUACGGAGGAGCAAGUUUUCCCUCUGGCUAUGAACUUCCUGGAUAGAUUCCUCUGCGAAUGCGACAUUUCCCGCCAGCAACUUCAACUUUUGGGGGCUACUUGUCUUCUGCUGGCCUCCAAAAUUCGCCAGUGUAUUGCCCUCUCGGUGGAUCUUCUCUGUGCCUACACGGAUUUCACAGUGACACCCGAACAAAUCAGGAGCUGGGAAUUGUUGGUGUUGGCGUCUCUUCAGUGGAAUUUAAGUGCCAUCACGGGCUUCGACUACAUCGACCACAUCCUCCAUCGCGUUUCCUGGGGCUCUGAGAAUCCUCAUAUUAGGACACAUUCUCACACCCUUGUCUCCGUCUGCCUUACAGAGCUGGUGUUUGUGCGGACGUCGCCGUCAGUUCUUGCGGCUGCUUGCAUUUGUGCAGCGACGCGUGGCAUCAACUCACCCUCUGCCCGACUAGCUCUUGGUGACAUUGUCCGCCUCACGCGCGUCGAUCCCGUGGAGGUGGAACUGGCAGUGCGUCAUAUUGAGGGCAUCGUGGCCAAGCAGGCAGCAGCUAUGCAGAAGCAGCACCAGCAGAUCGCUCUUAAGAACCAAUACGCCGUCUUGCCCGCCAAAUGCGCCUCGGAAGUCUAUCACGGCGACAGCGGAGGUGACUUUCAGGGUGUCGGAUACUACUAAACACUGCCCGUCAAGCCCGUAGAAAAAUGCCGGAAGACUAUAUUAUUUUUCUUGUAAGUAAAAAUGUGUCAUUUUCCGCUACAUGAUUCAAUGUUUAAAUUAAUUCAAAUGAAGUAUUACAAAUUGAUCUCUAUUAUUAUUAGUUUUUUUUGUGUAAUUAUUUUAUUUUAUAGAUUUAUUUCUAAAGAUAUUUUCUCUGUGUAAAAGUAAUUUAGCUAAUGUUAAGAGAAAGAGUUUAUUAUUUAAAAUUACCUUCGAGGUGAUUGUGUUUAUUUUUAAGAGAAUAUAUGAUAAUUUGAUCUCAAUUGAGAAAAUUACUUGAUAUAGAAAAAAUUGUCACAAGAUUUAGAUCAAUUGGCCUCAACUGAAUAUUAAAAAAAAAUACCAGUGAGUUUAAAAAAAAUUGAAAAAUUAGCAAAAAUUGGUUAAUUACAAAUUGGCAGUUAGUUAAAUUUUUGUUGGAAUGAAACAUAUGAAAUAUACUUUUGGAUGCUGUAUUAACAAUGAUCAAAAUUAAUUGAAUUUUUAAAAAACAAUUUAUGACGCUUUCCUGAAAUUUCGGGAACAAAAUACGAAAAUAGAUGAAUUAAAUCUUAUAUAUAACUUAUGUUUUUUUUUCAAGAACGUUUGAGUUCAUAAAGCAAGAUUUUUUUUUCGUUUUUAAUACCAAAUGAUUUGUAUUGAAAUUUAUCCCAUUUUCAAAAUUAAUUGAAUGUUUUCUCUUGUCUUUGUUAAAAUCACAAUAACUUUAUGUUUUAUCAAGACUUUUUGUUUAAUCUUGAAGUAGAUUUUUUUCACAGAAAAUGUUUUAGAAAAAAACAAAGGAUUUUGAAAUAUUCUUUGAUAAAAAAAACAAUGUUUUUUGUGUAAAUGUAAAUAAAUUCUGUAGAUUUUGACCUGAAAAAAA